UGGCAGUUUGUUAAAGUUCACCGUUGGAAACUCGUCCUGGCGCCCAGGAAAAGGGCCUUCUGUCUAACUCCAGCGAAUUUGGGAAGCAACCUCCGGAGCAAGCGAAGGUCAACCGAAAGGAACUGGUGCUGGAUAAUCCAGGAAGAAGCCUAACGUCAGACCCUAGUAGAAUAACGCUAUAAUCGGCGCGAAGGUUUAGGGUUGACCAGUUUUCGCGGGGUCAAUUUUUCGGGUUUUACAAAUCUUACUUGAAAACUGGUCUACGUAACGUUCCAUUUAAAAUCUUAUUUUAAAUAUCUUGAGAAAUAUUGGCGUAUUAUUAUUUUCUUGCAUCGUUCGUCGAUUAAUCGAGCAAAUAACAUCUUGACGUCGACGAAAGCGCACUUGACGGUGGAAUCAAAACAAAGCCGCACCAAAAUAAAAGACAUUUUUCGGUAUUUUUGCAAAUAUUGUUAACAAUUCUCACGUAUACAAGUUAGAGCAGUUACUAAUCAACUAGUGAAAAUGUUACAAAUCUUCUAAAAUUCGUAUUGCACGCACUUAACACGUUUGAUCACCGGUUUGCUGUAUUGCUGUGCACAUAAACAAUGGCGGAAAAAACACCCACAGCAAACUCCACUGUGAACGAUGGACCACACCUGUAUCGGACACCACCUGACCAAGACGUGCUGAGCGAAACAUCCGAAGAAUCUUCCGAAACACACGACACCUACCGGAGCUUCAACUAUGGAUAUCGCUGCUCAAACCGCUCCGAUGACGAUUCCGAUUGUGAGGAUGAGGACGACGAGGAGGAAGAUCCGUACCAGGAGCUGUUUAUGAAUGCAUACCGUUCUGCACCGCAAUCAUCAGACGAGGAAGAGACCGGACAAGAAGCAGUGCACUGUACGAAUCCCGCUGCCAAACCGCUGUGCCUGAUGGAGGACUGGGAUCUGUGGGAUUACAUGGACGAGACGGAACUGAAGGAACGGUUAAAGGACCAUCCCCAGCUGCUGGAGGAAAUAACACGCAAACGAAAACGACGCCUGUUGGAGGAAGAGGAAGCGGCGACGGCACUGGAAGACGACGAGCUUAGCCAAGUGAUGAAUAGGGCCGUGAAAUGUAUCCGUACCGAAACACCCAACUUGACCAGCUAGGACCCAUGGUAGGGGGGGUACACUGUAUCAUUGUGCAUUGGGUUGAUUCUUUUAAAGGUUUAUGCAAGUUUUUGCUUUUUUGGGAAUGAUGGGAGAGUUUUAUAUGCUUCAAAACGAAUAUUAAUUUUGAUCAAACAGAAUAGUGCUGUGAUUACUGCCAGUCGGAAUCUACCAGUUGUCGUCGUAUAAGUUAAGGCAAAAAAAGUAUCUAACGAUUUAUUAAGAUAAGUUUUUAUGUGAAGUAGUUUGAACGUGAACUUUACGAAAAUACCUUAGUUGUUUCGUAUAUCAUAAUAACGUAUAUUCGUGUUUUAAUUAUACUCAGAAGGAUCGGCAACAAUUUUAAUAUUGAAGGCUUAGAAUUAUUAUGAAAUAAUUCUUUAUCAUCAUAGUGCAGCAUAACAGUCAAACAUAGAAUAUUUUCUCAUUCAAAGUAACAAGCGCGCCACUAUCUUUCAGUAAUUAUAUGUAUAAAAACGAAUUUAUUCGAAUAAUUUUAAAUAAUUAAAAUUACUGCUGCCGAUAACAAAAACAAAACGCUUAAAAAGCUCCGCUAAUCAUUAAUAUUAUAGCCACUAAUAAGAACCACACAUCCGUAGUU